ACCCUUCCGCCCGCAGUGCUCUGCUCCGGGCCCUGAGCUGGGCUCUGUCCCAUCUGCACUGUGCUGCCCGGGGCUGGACGCUGGCUGUCCCCGCUCCAGCUGUACUUUGUCACACGGGCACGGCGGCCACGGAGUCCCACAGCUGGCAGGAGGAAAGCGGGGCUGAGGACGGGAGCGCUUCCCACCUUGAGUCCUGCACCAAGGCAGAGGCUCCCAUCCCUCCCUGCAAGCAUCCGCCAUGAGAGGACCCCCAGGAGGCUGCUGCUGCCCCCCAACCCUCACGCUGUGCUCAGGGCGCUGUGCUCGUGGCACCGGGCUGCUCCUCACCCUGCUCGCCGUGCUGCUGCUCCUGCUGUCCGCACAGCGCAGCCUGUGGCCCCAGCUGUCCAGAACUCCUGUCCACCACAGAGCCACAACCACAGCAGCCCCAGAGUGGGUGACGCAGGCAGCACGGCCAUCCCCUGUCCCCAGCAUGCCACCAAACCUCGGGGACACAUAUGGGCAGGAUGAGACCUACAGCAGCUCGGGCUGCCCCAGCAGCAUCAGGAAGAGGAUUGGGGCCACCGAGUUUGGGGCCACUUUCCUGCCCACCAUCCCGGUGCUGCAGUGGGCACAGCACGCACGGGAGGAUGAGUACCAGCGGCUGCGCCGAUACGGGGGGGCUCACGGCUGGAAGGACAUCAGCUGGGAUGAGCGGGAGGAGAGAGUGUCCCUUGUGCCGCCCGCAGUGCUGAAGUCAUCCCUGUCCCUCCUCAACGCCUCGAGCAGUGCGCUGCUCUUUGACAUCCGCCCUCUGGCCGCACGUUGCACCCGCUGUGCCGUGGUGGGCAAUGGGGGCAUCCUCCGUGGCUCCGGCAUGGGACCCACCAUCGAUGCUCAUGACUACGUGUUCAGGGUGAAUGGGGCCAUCACGGAGGGCUUCGAGCACGAUGUUGGCAGCAGGACGUCCUUCUACGUCUUCUCCACCAACACUAUGGUGAACGCGCUGCACAGCUAUGCUGCCGACGGCUUCCGGCACCCACCCCAAACACCGGAGACGUGCUACGUCUUCCUCCCAGACCACGACCGUGACUACCUGCUGCUGCGGGCGGCCCUGAGCCAGCAGCCUGUGGACAGCGGCCAGGAUGAGGGGGUCCACCCCCAGCAGUUCUUUGGGGAGGACCUGCAGGCGGGGAAGUUUAGGAUGCUGCACCCGGAUUUCAUCCGCUACCUCAGGAACCGGUUUCUCCGUUCCCACAUCCUGGCCACCCCCCACUGGCAGCUGUACCGGCCCUCCACCGGUGCCGUGAUGCUGCUGACCGCCAUCCACACCUGCGACCAGGUGAGCGCCUUUGGGUUCAUGACACCGGGCUACCGGGCAUACUCAGACCACUACUUUGACCGUGGGCACAAGGAGGUGCACUUCUUCAUCAACCAUGACCUGAUGAUGGAGAUGCAGCUGUGGCAGCGACUGCAGCGCAGUGGGAUUCUAUGGCUCUACACCGGCUCAGAGGGGACGACGUGAUACCAUCCAAGUGUGGGGCUGCGUGUGCUGCUGGGACCUGUGAGUGAGGAGGUGGGCUGGGACUCGAGCUCAGUGUGUGAUGAGUUUUGCCAGGCCCUGCGCAGCUCUGCUGUGGGGUAAAACUAAUUAAUCACAUGAAACUGAGAGUGGGAGAAAUAGGACCUGAACCCGUCCCUGCCUGGAGAAUGGGAGUGGUGGAGUACCCAGGGAGAAUCUGGUGCUGCGACUCCGUGGGGGGCUGCUGUGUGUGCAAGGGGCUCAUGGGUGAAUCCUUAACGUGGUUGUAGUGACAUGUCCUGCUGGGGCUGCCUCCUGCCCCCCCGAGGGGCUCUGCGAUGCCUCCGCUGUGGGGAGGGGUUUAUAGCACCCUGUUUGUUGCCAUAGCCCUGGGGUGGCAGCCUCUGUCAACGCCCCCCAUCCCGUGGCUGGGAGGGUCCCGCGGUGCCCUUUAUGCCCCCCACUCCCGCUGCCCUCCUGGGGGGCUCAGCCCCCAUUCCUGUCCCUUCCCAGCGUCACAGAGCUGUUUCUAGGCCAGUGCCCGGUUCAGGCAUGAAUAAACCAGCGGCGUUGCAUAA